UUGUGAUUCUGUGGAUCAAAAUCUGUUAGAUCGUGCGAAAUGUUGCUUUCAUACUGUAUUUAGUGUAUUACAAUCUGCGCCCGUUCUCCCAUCAUUCGUCUUUUGGCGCCCAAUCGUCGCGAGGCGCUGUUCAGGUUGUACACGGCGAGCAUCACAUUAUGGCAGAAGCUGGUCCGUCGAACCCCUUACCAUCUCGAAAGCGACUGCGCCUGCCCGAGGACGGAGCGACCGUCUCCCUGGAUGCCUACGGAUUGGUGCAGGGCCUGAAUGACGUCCGAUCCGAAUUGUGCGAUGUGGAACUGCGAGGUGCCCCACCUUCCGAUGCUCCAGCAGAGCCAUCAUGGAUUCCCUGCCACCGCAUCGUCCUCAUGGCCCGCAGCCAGUUUUUCCGUGCAAUGUUCCGUUCUGAGAUGAUGGAAUCGCAGAAGAAGGACCUCCCGCUGCCGAAUAUCCCCCACAGCAUUCUAGAGCAGAUCAUCGGCGCAAUGUACGGACACCCCAUCAGCCUGGAGGGCCUCGAGGACAGCGGUGCAUUCGCUCUGGCACAAGCUGCGGACUAUCUGGAGAUUCCGCAGAUUGUGCGAGCAUGCACGACGCUGCUGCGGACGCGCCUGGAAGUGGACAACCCGCGCCUGGAGAUAUACAAUGAAGCGGUGCGCCUGGCCUUGGUGGAUCUGGCGGACGAGUGUCGCGCCUUAAUUGGGGAGCAUUUCAUUGUGAUGACCUUACGUGGCGAUUUGGCAUCUCUGACAAGCGACGCGAUGAUCCACUUGAUCCGCUCCGACCAGCUGUACGUAGCUUGCGAGGACCAGGUGGCUGAUGCUGUUUGGCGGUGGCUGACAGUUCCGGAUUGUGCUGAGCAGCGGCACCCGCUGGCGGAUGAACUGUUCCAGCACCUGCGACUGACUUUGCUGUCUAACGGUUUCCUAGCUCGUCUUCCUGAACAUCCCCUGGCGCAACGUUUGGCAAAAGCGGCCGAGGAUGCUACCGAGGCUGCUCUCGCGGAUAUCGAUGCCGCUGCGAACAGCCGUCCAUCGCUGCGCGUUUCGUAUGAAACCGUAAUUGUGGCCGUCCAUCACCUGUCGGGCAUGAUUGAUUGCGUGGACUCGAAGACCGGGAAAUGCGAGAGCGUCCCUUUCGCUCCACCACCACCGAACUGCGCAUUCCCACCGUUGUACAUUCCACGUGGUCAUCAGAUCGCCAUUGCGACGAUGCUGCCAGCUGAAGGGGGCGGGAUGGUUGUCAUGACGUACGACGCCAGCGUGGACCGGUGGUCCGGAAUGGGCACCUGUGGUCUGGACGUCAACCAGGCAUCUCUGGCUGUUGUCGGGGGACAUCAGUACGCCGUCGGCGGACAGCAGCUGUACUGCUAUUACGACGAGCUACAGGAGUGGCAGCUGAAGGCCGGCAAGCCGACGACUGUCUGGGAGAGUGGGAUCGUGGCGCACGGCGGAUUUCUGUAUUUGUUUAGCGGAGUGGUCAGCAGUGUGGAGUGACAAGUGAUGAUGUCCUCCGAUAUGUCCCCAACGAGAACGCCUGGCAGACUUUGGCGCCCCUGCCGACAGCCCGCUGCCGGCCAGCCGCUUGUGUCGGGCCAGACGGGUGGAUUUACGUUGUCGGUGGCUACGCCGGCCCCGGCAACGCAGUGCCGCUGAGCUGUGUGGAGGCCUACAAUGUGGAGACGGGCCAGUGGGAGCAACGAGCCGACAUGGGCACACCACGUGCCGAGUCCGGGCUCCUGCUGAUCGACGGCCGACUGACGGCGGUGGGGGGACUUGACGGCGACGAGGGCGGGCUUUGGAUGGAGAGCUAUGAUCCCGCAACCGACAAGUGGACCCCCGGUCCGCUGGCCGCACCGGAUGAUGUCCCUCCCGGCGCUUUUCCCUGCGUCGCCAUCCAAAAACUCCUGGCCUGGAAGCACAUCUUGCCGCUGCGAAAAGGGAUCACUUGGGCAGCGUUUACCUCGCGUUAACAGACCGAGUAACGCUGUACUCUGCAAGUCGCUGUCUUGACCGUGACACCGUGGGUUCUUCCUGAGUAAAUACAAUUAUUUUUGCCUUUUUUGUGGUACGCCGCCAUGUUGACUGAGCUAACUGAGAUGGGUUGCAUUCUUUUGGCGAUUUUGCAUCUUCCUAGCAGUUUUUGCUGUGAUUGUCUACAGUUUUUAUUUUGUACAUUUACUGAUUACGCUGUUCACUGAUUAGUGGUCAGAUACUUUUGU